ACCAAAAAAAAGUCGAGAAUAAGAAACAUCGAUUAUAUCGCCCAUAAAAGAGAUCGCAGCGAAAAGAACGAACUAAUUGACGAAGCGCCGGACUGAAUAAUUGCGAAAGUACACUUAUAAAAAACACACCUACUGCAAUGGCGGCCAGACUCCCAAGCGCCAUAUCACGGCGUCCAAAUAUAACCAUCAGCAUCCACACCCCUCAACCCUCCAUAUUAAAACCCUCUCACACGCCACUCUCCCACACACCCUCACGAGCCGCAACCAUCAUCCGUCGACCGCGGCGACCGUACACAUUCACCCAGCUCGUCCAGCAAACAGACGGAUCGACGUACACGCAGCGCACGACGUCGCCGAUCGCGCUAUACAAGAGCACCAAGGACACGCGCAACCACAUCCUAUGGCAGCCCUCCGACAGCUCCCUGCGCAACAUCGAGGUCGACGAGGCCGGUAAGCUGGCUGCUUUCCGCGGCAGGUUCGGACGCGGAUGGGAUACCGAGGGGCCACGGGAGGAGGACGCCGAUGCUGCUACUGUGGAGGGUGGUAAAGGUACCGAGGGAGCUGAGGGAGCUGAGGAAGCUGCAGCAAAACCAGCAGCCGCAGCUGAGAAGACGAGCCAGAGCGACCCUGUGGAUGGGCGCCACGAUACACUAAGCGAUUUGAUCUCCAACUACUCAACCAACCAAGAUCAGGUUAAAGAGUCGACCAGGCCGGCCAAACAGUCGGGAAAGAAGAAAUAGGGACGGGAAUUAUAGAUAGGUGAAGUGGAAGCUUGAGCCUACCGACAUUCUAGGGGACGACCUGCUCUGUUAUCUACGAAGCUGAAAGGCAGUACGAAAGAAUCUCGAAGUGCUAUGACGAGAUGGGAGCUUGCCAGCGUAUAUAAUAACUUGGUAUGCUAGCAUUUG